GGAAGGGGCGGGGCCAGCAGAGCCCCCCACACCCUAAGCCCCACCCCGCGCUGCCACCCUAUAAAGGGUGGUGCCCCGCGCCCCGCAGGCGGGCAUCCCUGAGCGCCGAGAGCAGCCAGCCGGGGCGCCAGAGCCAUGACCCUCCGCCGGCUCAGGAAGCUGCAGCAGAAAGAGGAGGCGGCGGCCACGCCGGACCCCUCCGCCUGGGCCCCCGACUCGGAAAUCGCUCCCGCCGCCCCGGCCGCGACCCCAGCGCUGGGGGCCCCAGCCGCCGCCGCCAGCCCGGGGCCCGGGGACGAACUGUACGCGGCGCUGGAGGACUAUCACCCGGCCGAGCUGUACCGCGCGCUCGCCGUGUCCGGGGGCACCCUGCCCCGCCGAAAGGGCUCUGGAUUCCGCUGGAAAAAUCUCAGCCAGAGUCCUGAACAGCAGCGGAAGGUGCUGACUUUGGAGAAGGAGGAGAACCAGACCUUUGGCUUUGAGAUUCAGACUUAUGGUCUUCAUCACCGGGAGGAGCAACGCGUGGAGAUGGUGACUUUUGUCUGCCGGGUUCAUGAGUCCAGUCCUGCCCAGCUGGCUGGGCUCACACCAGGAGACACUAUCGCCAGUGUCAACGGCCUGAAUGUGGAAGGCAUCCGGCAUCGAGAGAUUGUGGAUAUCAUUAAGGCUUCUGGCAAUGUCCUCAGACUGGAAACGUUGUAUGGCACGUCCAUCCGGAAGGCGGAGCUGGAGGCUCGGCUGCAAUAUCUGAAGCAAACUCUGUAUGAGAAGUGGGGCGAAUACAGGUCCCUAAUGGUGCAAGAGCAGAGGCUGGUGCACGGGCUCGUGGUAAAGGACCCAAGCAUCUAUGACACGUUGGAGUCGGUGCGCUCCUGCCUGUAUGGGGCAGGCCUGCUGCCAGGCUCACUGCCCUUUGGGCCUCUGCUGGCUGCUCCCGGGGGUCCCCGAGGGGGCGCGCUACGGGCCCCGGGCGACGCUGAAGACUCCGUCUACCAUACGUGCUUCUUCCGGGGUGCAGAGCCGCCUGCACUGCCGCCCCUGCCGCCCCCGACACGUGCGCCCGACCCUGGCCUCUCCGAGGCCCCCGGCGCCCCCGCCUCCCGGGCGGUGCUGAGCCGCAGCGCCAGCGUGCGGUGCGCAGGCUCCUCCGGCAGCGGCGGGGGCGCGCCGGGCACGCUCUGGACUGAGGCCCGGGAGCAGGCCCUGUGCGGCCCGGGCCUGCGCAAGACCAAGUACCGCAGCUUCCGCAGGCGGCUGCUCAAGUUCAUCCCCGGACUCAACCGCUCCCUGGAGGAGGAGGAGAGCCAGCUGUAGGGGUGGGGUCGGGCGAGGGCAAGUAUUUAUUUUAUUUAUUCGUUCCAGCCAGUACAAAAAGGGGAUGGAAGCCAGGGGGACCUCAAGAGCCCAGAGCAGCGGGAGAGGGUCCUUGCCAGUCCUGGCGCCUUGUGUCCUGGACCCAGACUCUUUUACUCCUCCCUGAAACCACAGUAGAAGCUGGGGCAGGGGAGGACCAGGAGAGCUGGGGCUGGGCGCCAAAAGUGGGGCGUGCCAUCCUACAUCAGGGUCAGUAGUGCCUUGUGGAAUGCCCAGGAUAACUCCCUCUUGGGGGACCCAAACCCACGAAGCCUUCUUUACCUGAACCUUCUUUACUGAACCUUUACCUGAACCUUCUUUACUGAAGCCUUCUUUACCUGAAAUGGCCUAUGGUUGGUUGUUCCCCCACGUACACACACACACACACACACACACACACACACACACGCACACUCCAUCUCCCCCCACCCCACCCCCUCAGUUAACCAGUGGGGCCCUGAACCAGGGGCAUAAGGUGCUGGUCCCUCUCCCUCCCGGCCGUGACCCUAAGGGCUUGGCCCCUCCCAGGGGGGCUUGUAACUAAGUUGGGUCCUGCCAGGCAGGGGUCCUGGAUUCUGCACCCCUUGAGAGGUAGGGACAGGGAUGAGCAUAUCCACGUGGGGUGGAGGCGACCCAGACUGUCCCACCACUUGCAUAGCAUUGUUUCUGAACCACAGACUAUAUAAAAUGGACUUUUUUUUUCUUUU